CUGUGGGCGCAGGUGUGUCUACCUUUUGGUAGUUCCAAACACGGAAGUUUUCAGGUUGUCACGCACUGUUUCCCGGCUCAACCCCACGGUAUGUGUCCCUGCUCUGUUUAGCUGAGGUGGGAAAGUGUGGAGGUGAAAGAAGGGGAUUCCAGCCCACCAGUCACCGGCUCAACGGGACCAUGUCAUCGGGCGGACCCGGACAGGCUGGCGCGCUCAGCCCCACUCACGUCCACGGGGAAAGCCUGUCCGUCCACGGCAGCACGGAGCGGCUGAGCCCGUCCGCCGUGAACCGCAUCCUGAUGGAGUUUCUGAUUUACAUGGGCAGGGCCGUGCUGCUGCUGUACCCGGUGUACACCACGGGCUACCUGGGUCUCAGUAUCAGCUGGGUGCUGCUGUGCAUGGUCAUCAUCACCUGGUGGAAGAAGAACCGCCAGUGGAAAGACGCCAGGAUCGGAACUGCCAUCGACUUCGUGGACAACGAGUCCCGUGUGAUUGACAAGGAGCUGCAGAGUACUUUACAGAUGGCAUCGUGGGUUAAUUUCUCAGAUGUGGAGAAGGUGGACUGGGUCAACAAGGUGCUGGAGCAGGCCUGGCCUUUCUUUGGGAUGUUUAUGGAGAAGCUCCUUAGAACGAUUAUUCAGCCGGCAGUCAGGCAGUCCAGCCAAGCACUCAAAACAUUCACCUUUACCAAGGUCCACUUUGGACACGUACCCCUCAGGAUCACUGGAAUGAGAGCAUUAACCCAUGAGGUGGAUCAGAGAGAAGUGAUUCUGGACAUGAAAAUAAGUUAUGAUGGUGAUGUGGACAUCGAUGCAGACGUGAAGUCUCCAAUCACAGCUGGUGUCAAAGGACUUAAAUUCCAGGGGAUGCUGAGAGUCAUUUUAGAGCCUCUGAUUGGUCAAGUUCCGCUGGUGGGAGGAGUCACGUUUUUCUUCAUUCGCCGCCCUACAAUGCAAGUUAACUGGACUGGGACCACUAACCUUUUGGACAGCCCUGCCUUUAGUUCAUUGUCUGAGGAGGCCAUCAUGGACAUCAUUGCUUCCCUCAUGGUGUUACCAAACCGCAUGUGUUUUCCACUCAUAGACCAGGUCAAAAUGGACCAGAUGAGGUUUCCACUGCCUCGUGGGGUGGUGAGGGUCCACUUGCUGGAGGCCAGAGAUCUGAUGGCUAAGGAUACAUACAUGUUGGGCAUAGUAAAGGGGAAAUCAGACCCCUAUGCAACACUCCGAGUUGGCAACCGACAUUACAAAAGCAAAACUAUUAAGGAGAAUUUGCACCCAAAAUGGAACGAGGUCUAUGAGUUUGUCGUCCAUGAGGCUCCAGGACAAGAGCUGGAGCUGGAGGUGUUUGAUGAAGACACAGAUAAAGAUGACUUCCUCGGAAGGUUUAACAUUGACUUUGGAGAGGUGAAGCAAGAGAAAGAAAUGGAUCAGUGGUUUACCCUGGAGGGCGCCCAGACUGGAGAAAUUCAUCUCAAACUCCAAUGGCUUUCCCUUCAGAUGGAUUCAAGCCUUCUCAAAGAGUCUGAUGAUGGUCUUGCUUGUGCAAUGCUUGCAGUGUAUCUGGACAGUGCCUCCAGCCUGCCGAAAGACCAAAGUGAGAUCACCCAGCAUCAAAAACAUGGGAGGCAGGCAAAGGAAGCUCGGCUCACAAAGAGAACUCCUAACCCCAAUUCCUUUGUGGAAUUUUCUAUUGAUAAAGAUGUCCAGAAAAGCAAGACUGUAUACGCGUCCAAAGACCCAGUGUGGGAAGAGGGCUUCACCUUCUUUGUGCAUAACAUCAAAACACAGCAGCUUAUUGUCCAGGUGAAAGAACAGGAUAAGAAGACUCCGCUUGGUACCCUCAACUUGCCCCUGAGUCGUCUCUUUAACAUUUCCAACAUGUGCCUAGACCAGCGUUUCAUGCUGGAGCGAUCUGGAGCCACGAGCCAAAUCAAGCUGAAGGCCACGCUCAGGAUUCUUUUUGAGGAAAAACCACCACCAAAGAUUAUUCUCAGUUCACCGCCACAACCGAAAACACCACAAAGGAACCAAAGAAGCAGUGUCCCCACACCACACCCUGCUGCACUGUCCGCUGAAGCCACGCCAGCUGCCCAGCUCCCAUCUCCAACCGGGAAUGGAGUUGAUGACUACUUAGUCCACCGUCGUGGUUCCUUCCUGGCCUCUGAAACCUGCCAGUCAUCACCUUCCACACCAAACAUGCGUCGGUACGACUCCCACAGCCUCCUGUCAGAGAACUCCAUCGCCUCCUCACGCUUUGACCUUUCAGACGGAGCCUCGUAUCCAGAAGCCCUCAGAAAAUAUCAGGGUUCCCUUGGAGAGAUCCAUCUAACAGUGCGAUACGCCACCCUGAGGAACAAACUGAUCAUACUAGUCAAUGCCUGCAGGAAUUUAUUCCCUUGCAAUGAGAACGGAACAGACUCAUAUGUCCGCCUGUAUCUGCUCCCUGACCAGUCCUGGAGACACCGAAAGAAGACACACGUGAAGAAGAGGACGGUCAAUCCAGUCUUCAACGACAGAUUUGAGUUUGAUGUGUCACUUGAAGAGGCAAAAACCAGGAAGCUGGAUGUGGCUGUGAAAAACAGCAGGAUGUUCCACACACGGGAGAGGAAGGACAUAGGCAUGGUACUGAUAAAUCUGAACAACUUGGAUCUAGCCAAAGGCAUUACAGAAUGGUAUGAGCUGACACUACCUGGGCUGAAGAAGUCCAACUAGCAAGAGGGCUGUAUAAGCGCUACUUCCAGAAGCCCGGCCAGGCUUAAUGCAGGCUUACCACAUGUUCAAAGAACUGCCAAUUUUUCAUCUUGUUCAUCAUAAUAGAGUAAAGCUGGGUCAAAGCUGUGUUCAUUGCUUUUGGAAAAGAUCUAUAACAAAUGUAUUUAGGUAAAAUUAUAAGUAUGUAUGGUGACAAGACCAUUGAAUUCUAAGGUUGUAGAAGGAACUGAAUGCUUUUUGACACGCAGGUAAGUGUAAAGUAUUUUCAAAGGUUCAGUGUGUCAUAUUUAUGAGUCUCUAAUUGAUUGAAUGGAAUAUAAUAUUUAUCAUGUUGAAAUGUUUUUUUUUUUCCUUUCAUUCAUUUCUAUCUACAUAUGGAAUAAGUCCGUCAUGUUGUGUCACCAUAUUUCUUAAGUAGCUCAAAGCAGAGUUUAUGUUCCAUUUUCUAUUUAAUGUGUGGGAUUGGUUGUUGAGGUGCCGUCACCUGUUAUGUAAAGGUUACCACCAGAUAUCACUAAACGUCACACACUGAACCUUGAUAAAGUUGUCACAAACAUCGGAAAAGAGACAUUCUGACACCCUUCAUCAGGUUACCACAGCUAAUGAUUAUUAUUCUAAUUCAACUGCAUGGCACUUGCUUAGGUUUAUACACAUGUAAUUAUACUGCAAGGCUUUUAUAAUCACAAGAGCAUCUCAUCAGGAAAGACCAUUUGGGUUUUUACCACACAGAUGAAUCUCUUUUGGAAUUCCUUUGAUUAUAUAUGCAUUUUUUUUAUAUGUUUUUUGUGUGAAGAGGUUCCAAAGUGUUUAUGUGUCAGGAGAGUUCACUGGAUGGUGAUGAAUGUUACACUUGCACAUAAUAUUGUUUUAAAUUGUGAAUUAAAAAGUUACACUGCUUUAAUGAGCGACUUACAACUGUUGAUGAUUUUUAGUGGGCUGAUAAGAUGUAAUGACAGCAACUAGUCCCUUUAGAGUAGGGGUGUCAAACUCAUUUUAGUUCAGGGGCCACAUUUAGCCCAGUAUGAUCUGAUAACACUGAAAAAACGUAAAAUU